UGCACUUCACUGGGAAGAUGGUGUUGGGCAGCAGGACAGAGAAGUGGACAAAGAUGAAUGAGAAGCUCUCGGAGAAGAGGCUCACAGGAGAGAGAGAAAAGGAUGGAAACCCAGUGCUGGCUCUCAAGCGGGAGCUUCUGUGGCAGGACUACAAGGUGAACUUGGAGUCCGAGCUUGGGAAGACAACUGUCAUUAGCAAGGCGACCCCACAGUCUGAAAUGGGAGGCCACUACUGCAAUGUCUGUGGCUGUGUGCUGAAGGACUCCAUCAACUUCCCAGAUCACAUUGAUGAAAAGAAAAAGCAGCAAAACCUGGGUAUGUCUGUGGGUGGGACAACAUUCCACUCUGGAUCAGGUGAAGAAUGUUUUGAGGUCAACAAGAAGAAGAUGGAAGAGCAGCAGGAAGAUUAUGAUUCUGAGGAAAGGAUGAAGGAACUCAGAGGAGAGGAGGGAAAGGCCAAAGCACACAGAAAAGAGAAACAGAAGGAGAAAAGGAGGGCUGAAGAGGACUUGACACUGGAGGACGACGACGAUGACGAGAUAGCAGCUGUGAUGGGCUUCUCUGGCUUUGGAUCCACCAGGAAGAAUUACCGAGGCCUUCUCUUUGGCCUACCUUUGGCCUAUACUGGACAUAACUCUGAGUGUGUGCUGAGGUGGGAUGGGGUGUCAUUUCAUUUUGGGGUCCUGGAGAAAGUCCUUAAGAGUGUUAAUGGCAGGGUUAGAGGGUGGGUGUUUGUGGUUUCCCUCUGCGUUGGAGAAGGCACAGGAUGUAGAGGGAUGCUGUGGCAGAUUCGGUCAGAUUCUGUCAGACUCAGUACAUUACUGGAGUCACAGAAGUUCUGCCCAUCUGCUUUCCCUCUUGGAGGCCUCUUUCCCUCAUCAUCUAUCCGACCUCUUGUCUGAACAUCCUCCUCUGUCCCAUGUUCUG